AUGCCCCAGGGUGUCACCAAUGCUCCCUCAACUUUCCAGCGGUUGAUGGAGAAAAGCAUGGGUAGCCUGCAUCUUAAAGAAGUUCUAGUUUUCCUUGAUGAUUUGAUCGUGUUUUCCGAUACGCUUGAGGAGCAUGAGCGCCGGUUACUUCACGUGCUGGACAAGCUGAAAGAAUAUGGGUUGAAGUUAUCCCCGGAGAAGUGCAGAUUCUUCCAGACCUCUGUCCGAUACCUCGGCCAUAUAGUAUCUGAGAAAGGCGUUGAGACUGACCCCGACAAGGUUUUCUCCUUGAAAUCCUGGCCAGUUCCCUACAAUCUGAAGAGCUUGCGAUCUUUCCUCGGCUUUGCUGGCUACUACCGCCGGUUCAUCCAAGGAUAUGCUACCAUUGCAAAACCACUCAACGACUUAACUCGAGGAUACUUACCUGUACAAACACCCACAAAGACUAAACCUUCCAAAGAUCUGCAUGAUCCGAAAUAG